AUGGGUGAUCCUUUAUCAAUGUUCGAAGUCUUCGAAACAGAAGACCAAGUAAUGGAGGAUUCGCAAGACUCUACGAAGCGACCGAAGCACGGAGAAAAGUUUACCGACGCAAGCUCGUACCUGUCGAAUAUGAACUAUAACGACGACUACUUGUUAAAUUAUACCACCUCGCCCCUAACAACGAGCGUUAAAGUCGAAAAGAUACACUCUUCACACAAUUGCUCACAUUACAGAGUGGCGCCCUCGGAUAGCAACUACUCUCCGAGGAAAAUUGAGAAAUACGCGAAAACGUACCCGUUCACACUAGAUGAGUUCCAAAAGAGGUCGAUCGAGUCGCUGGAAAUGAACGAGUCGGUGCUGGUGUGCGCACAUACGUCAGCAGGGAAGACAGUGGUGGCGGAGUACGCAAUAGCAAUGGGCCUGAGAGACGGCCACAGAAUCAUAUACACGUCGCCAAUCAAGGCGCUCAGUAACCAGAAGUACAGGAACCUGUCGGACGAGUUCGUGGACGUGGGCCUGAUGACGGGAGACGUGACGCUUAAUCCGACGGCCUCAGUGAUGGUGAUGACCACGGAAAUACUGAGAAGCAUGCUCUACAGAGGAAGCGAGAUCGUGCAGGAGAUGAAGUGCGUGAUCUUCGACGAAGUGCACUACAUGAGGGACCUGGAGAGAGGAGUGGUCUGGGAGGAGACGAUCAUCCUGAUCCCGAGUCAAGUUAACCUGGUCUUCCUGUCGGCGACGAUCCCGAACUACCUGGAGUUCUCGGAGUGGAUCACGAGGAUCAAAAACGUGCCCUGCAACGUGGUGAGCACGGACUUCAGGCCAGUGCCGCUGAACCACUACCUCUACAUGUCGGGAGGGGAGGGGAUAUAUUUGGUGCUGGACGAGGACAACAACUUCAAGUCGAGCAACUACAACAAGUGCCUGGCGAGUGGACCGAGUUCGAGCGCGUCGAAGGACAGGGACACGAAGGGGCGCGACAAAAAGAGGGGCUCCGCCGCCUACAGAGACAUCGAGAGCAUCGUUAAGCUGUGCUUCGAAAAGAGCCUGACGCCCUGCAUCAUCUUCUCCUUCAGCAAGUCGGAGUGCGAAACUCUGGCGACGUCAGUGAGGAACCUGGACAUGACCACGGACGAGGAGAAGAAGCUGGUCGACGAGAUAUACAAGAACGCAAUGGCGACGCUGAGCGAGCAGGACCGACUGCUGCCGCAGAACCUGUUCAUGCUGCCGCUGCUGAAGCGAGGAAUCGGAAUACACCACGGAGGGCUCCUGCCGAUAAUCAAGGAGAUCAUCGAGAUUCUCUUCCAGGAGUCGCUCCUGAAGGUGCUCUUCAGCACGGAAACCUUCAGCAUGGGCCUUAACAUGCCGGCGAAGACGGUAGUCUUCACGAGCCUGAAGAAGUGGGACGGCAGAGAGGUCCGCUACAUCUCCUCGGGAGAGUACAUACAGAUGUCAGGGAGAGCGGGAAGAAGAGGACUCGACACAAUAGGAGUGGUCAUCAUCAUGGUGGACGGAAACGACCCACUCGUCGAGCAGGAGGUUAAGAAAAUAUUUCUGGGAAAGCCACUUAACCUGGAUUCUACGUUCCACCUGGGAUACAACAUGCUCCUGAACCUGAUGAGAAUAGAGGACACGACGCCAGAGUACCUGAUCGAGAGGUCGUUCAUGCAGUUUCAAAUGAAAAAUAAGUCGGCAGAUAUAACCUCGAAGAUGAAUGAGGCGAAGGCGAACAUGGAAGACCUGAGGAACAGCUUCAACUCAGAGUUGUUAGUGCAAAUGUCCUCGCUGCACGACAACAUAGCAAGGCUGGAAGAGCUGGAUGAACUGAUAAUUAAAAUGGUCAUGAAGGACGCGAAGGCGCUCAACUACUUCAACCUGGGAAGGCUAGUAUACGUGAAGGAUGACCAGGAUUGGGGUUGGGGUCUGUGUGUAUCAUCACCGAAGUUAAGAGCGCCAAAAUAUAAGACCACAAAGACAUACCACGUUGACAUUGUGCUUCCAGUAAAAAGGGAAGGAGAUAAAGUUAUGCCAUCGCACGUUGCAGAGGCAACCUACACGAUCAAGUCAUUUGGAAUUGACUGCGUUAAGAAAAUGUCACAAAUCAGAGUGACCAUAAAUGAAAAGGUGGACAAAAGCGAUACAGCAUUUCAGUCGUCAAUGUACCAGAAGUUUAGCCUGCUCUUUGAACACAUUAAAAAAGUAAAGGAGCCGCCGCUGUUGGACCCAGUGGAGCACAUGAAAAUAGAUAACCCAGAGCUGGAGAGUAACCUAAGUUAUGCUAGUAUGUACACGCUGCAUAAGAGCCUUGAAGGGAAGGAUGUGAUAUUAGUAUCGAAGGAGCUUAGGUCCCAAAUAGACUCUUCGCCACUGCUGUCAAGGGAAGAUUACGAUACGAUUUUAAAAAAAUAUGAGGACUACGUAAAAGUUAAAGAGGAGUUUGAGGAGCACCAAAAGAAGUUGCAAGAGUGCACGCAAAUAAUCAUGAAGGAUGAGCUGAGGCACAUGAAGACAGUGCUGAGGAAGCUGGAGUACGUGGACCAGUUCGGAAUAGUGACGAUCAAGGGAAGAAUAGCGUGCGAAAUCAACGCGUCAGACGAGUUGCUGGUAGCAGAGCUGUUCCUGAGAAACUUCUUUGAAAAGAUGGAGCCGGAGCAGAUAUGCGCAUCACUGAGUUGUCUGGUAAACGACGAUAGGAAGGAGGCGAAGUUGCCAACAGAACUCAAAUUGCUGGAAUCGUACAACAAGAUCAGAGAAAUCGCAACGGAAAUAGUGGAAGUCAUGGUGGAGUGUGACAUCCUAGUGGAUGAAGUGGAAUACGUAAACAAACUGAGGCCGACGCUGAUGUCAGUAGUGUACAGAUGGGCAAAAGGAGACCCCUUCAUAGAAAUACUGUCAGACUCCUCAGUGUUUGAAGGAUCAGUGAUCAGGUGCAUAAGGAGGCUGGACGAACUCUUGAGACAGCUGGCAUGUGCGUCCAGAAACAUAGGAAACAUAACGAUGGAGGAAAUAUUCCUAACGUGUAUUUCUAAGCUUAAGAAGGGGAUCGCAUUCACGUCGUCACUGUACCUGUAA